AUGCACAAUGCCUCAGUCUCAUCCACCACCUCCACCACCUCCACCACCUCCUCGUCCUCGUCCACCCACCGUCCCCAUCGACGUCCCCCGCGGCCAUCACGCCUCCCCCCCCUCCUCACUUCCCUCCUCGCGCGGACCCACCACAUAAUCUUCACGCGCUUCUCCCUGAUCCUAGUUUUACUCUUCAUCAGCACCGUGCUCGUAGUCGGCACGUCGCUGUACCACAUGACGGGCGCGUCGUCGCGGCUGCUGGAGGCGAACAACAAGCUGUUUGCCGGCGAAGAGCGCCUCUGGCGCCGCUUUCCGAAGCUGAAGAAGUACUAUGCCGGACUUUAUACCCAGGUCAUGGAUAAGUGGAAUGUACCCGAGUUUCCUCCAAGGAGGGGGGGGAUAGGUGGAGGGGGAGGUGGGGGGGAUGGUGGGGAGGGAGGAGGAGGCAGGGGAGAGCUGGCCGCCACGAAGAAGAGUAGGGUGUUUGAGCCGUAUCCGGCGUAUGAGUCGAAGAGUUAUCAGGAGGUGUGGGAGGGGGCGUAUGUGCAGUGCUCGUUUGGCGAGGGGCGGGCACGGCCCGAGGUCCGGGUGUUCGAGGGCGUGCCUGAGGGGAUGCCCGAGCCGGCGUUUGGGUCGCAUCAGGUGCUGGGGCUGCAGAGCGAUGUGUGUUUUGAUCGAUAUGGACGGCUGGGGAGCUAUGGCUAUGGGUAUAUGCCCGACGAGGGUGGGCUCGGCGUCGCGGUGUUCAAUGGCGGGGAAAGAGAGAAGACGGUCGAGACGGCGCAUGGAGUGGGAGGGUUUCCGCUAAGGAAGGUCGAUUGGAGGGGCGUCGAUUGGAGGAUGCUGCAGGAUGAAUGCGGAGAACUUAACAAAGCCCGAUUCAAGGAUGCGAAAGAGGGCGGAAAGCUGACAAUAGAGUUGAAGCCUCAGAACCGGAAGAGGGAUGGGAAGCAGAAGAAGAAGAAGAAGAAGAAGAAGAAGAAGCUUCCACGCAAUGCCGUCCUACUUCGGACAUAUACCGGAUAUAAAUACACGCUGAACGACGUCGCGAAUCUCCGGUCCCUCAUCAGCGAGCUUUCGCUCCUUUCCGGAGGCGAAUACACAGUCCACAUCCUGCUGCAUGUGCGGAACAAGCGAUUGGAGAUUUGGGACGAUCCGAACGUAUAUCGGGAGACUCUGACCAAGUCAGGACUGCCGAGGGAGUUCUGGAACCUGACUGAACUAUGGAACGAGCCGCUCAUGGAGCAAAUCUACGCCCGUGUCCCGGACACAUCUGCGAACUGGAGAGGGGCCACCCUUCCGGAUGACAAGGGGUUCCUACGAUUGCCGCAGCAUGGUGUGUACCGUAGCACUUUCAUGCCGGUACAGUGGUUUUCGCAGCGGCAUUCGCAGUAUGACUUUGUCUGGAACUGGGAGAUGGAUAUCCGCUACACGGGCCACUGGUACCACCUCUUCUCGCAGCUCGACCUCUGGACAGAGAAGCAGCCGCGACGCGGGCUGUGGGAAAGAAACUCCCGCUUCUACGUCCCAGCCGUCCACGGCGACUGGGAUGAGUUCGUUGCCUCGACCGCUGCAAUCACCAACAACACCAUCUUCGGCCCUGUGCCAGUCGAGGGUGUAACACCCAUACUCCCCAAUCCCCCAAUGGGCGAGGGAGAGCCCGCGGACCUGAUCACCUUCAACCCUCUAUUCGACCCACACGGGACCACGUGGAUCCUCCGCGACGACACGACCGGAUACCCAGCCGACCCGCCGCGCAGGGCCGCAAUCAUCACUGCAUCGCGGCUCUCUCGCCGGCUACUGACCGCCAUGCACAAGGAGAAUGUCGAGAACGGGCGCGCCAUGUUCUCGGAGAUGUUUCCUGCCACCGCAGCGCUGCAUCACGGGCUGAAGGCGGUCUUUGCGCCACAUCCGGUCUAUAUGGACCGCCGGUGGCCUGUAGGCUUCAUGGAGAAGAUGUUUAACGACGGCGUCGAUGGCUUCACAGGCGGCCGCAAGGAAAGCGUCUUUGGGAAGAGGGAGCAUAACUUCCGGGGCGGGACGUGGUAUUAUAACGCCCACUUCCCCGCUGAGCUGUAUAAGGCGUGGGUGACGGGGAGUAAAGGGAAGGAAGGCGAGAUUGAUCGGCUCGAGAGGGGUGGCAGGAUGUGUUUGAAAGCGAUGUUGUUGCAUCCUAUCAAGAGUUAG